AACCCAUCAAGUGCAGCCUCUGCCUCAGUGACAAAUUCAGCAAAAUCACAAGUUGUUAUUAACUCCGAUGACCCUGCAUGGGCACAUUGUUAUUACCCAGAUGCAUCUAAGAAGCAUUGGUUGAAGUGCAUGUACUGUGAUAAGCUUUGCACUGCCGGGAUUACAAGAAUUAAGUAUCAUCUUGCUGGCAUUAAAGGAUUCAAUGUUAAAAAGUGUUUACAAGUUCCAACUUCAGUGAAGGAAGAGAUGUUUGCUUUGCUCACAAAGAAGGUAGAAGAAAAGGAUCAGAAAGCCAAAGAAAAGCAAAGGGACAAAGAUGAAGUUGAUAUAGAUAUCUUGGAAGAUGAAAGCAAUGGUGAAGAAGAUUUUGAUCAGGAAAAUGAAGUUCUCGUACUGAAGCCAAAGCCAAGCAAAGCUGCUAGUAGCUCCAGAUCGGUGGCAGGUGGUGGCCCUAUUGAGAAGUACUGCAAGCCUCCUUCCAUAGAGGAGUCUGUUCAAAUGAACCUCAACAAUAAGGUUUAAACAAAAUUGACAACUUAGAAAAGAGAAGAGAGAAGGGAUAGAGCUUGUGAGUACAUAUGCCAGUUUUUCUAUGAAGCUAGCAUUCCACACCACAUGGUUACCCUACCUAGCUUUGCCCAUAUGCUUGAGGCCAUUGGGCAGUUUGGCAGAGGUUUGAGAGGGCCUAGCCCUUAUGAGAUGGGUGGACCUUUCUUACAGAAAAGGAAGCAAAAGGUGCUAGAUGGUUUUAAGAACCACAAGGAAUCAUGGGAGCUCACUGGAUGUACAAUUAUGAUAGAUGCAUGGACAGAUAGAAAGGGAAGGGGUGUGAUGAAUUUAGUUGUGCAUAGUGCUCAUGGGGUUUGCUUCUUGGAUUCAGUGGACUGCUCAGGUGAGAAGAAAGAUGGAAAAUAUAUAUUUGAGCUUGUGGAUAGAUACAUAGAAGAUAUUGGAGAGGAAAAUGUUGUUCAAGUAGUGACUGAUAAUGCUAGUGUCAAUACAACAGCAGCAAGCUUAUUGACAGCAAAGAGGCCCUCAAUAUUUUGGAAUGGAUGUGCUGCUCAUUGCCUAGAUCUCAUGCUAGAGGAUAUUGGAAAGCUUGGAUCAGUUGAGGAAACUAUUGCUAGUGCAAGACAAGUAACUGUGUUCUUGUAUGCUCACACAAGGGUGUUGGAUUUGAUGAGACAAUAUUUUAAGAAAGAUUUGGUUCGCUCUGGGGUUACUCGCUUUGCCGCUGCUUAUUUGAAUCUAAAAAGCUUGCUAGACAACAAGAAGGAAUUGACAAGGUUGUUUAGAUCAGACCAACUUAAUGAGAUGGGUUACUUGAAGAAGGCCAAGGGAAAGAAAGCCAACAAAGUGGUCAGAUCUGAAAGCUUUUGGAAAAAUGUUGAUAUUGCUGUUAAUUUCUUUGAACCAAUAGCUAAUGUGCUGAGAAGAAUGGAUAGUGAUAUCCCGGCAAUGGGCUUCUUCCAUGGAUUAAUGGUUGAGGUAAAGAAAGAAAUUUCUGAGAGGUUUGAUAAUGAUGAGAGUCGCUUCAAAGUUGUUUGGGAUAUCAUCGAUAAAAAGUGGGACAACAAGCUCAAAACUCCACUACAUUUGGCUGGUUACUAUUUGAAUCCUUACUUCUAUUACCCCAGGAAGUAAGAGAUUGAGCAUGAUGGAUCCUUUAGAGCUGGUGUGAUUGAAUGCAUUACAAAGCUGGUUGAGAAUGAAGAAACUCAGGACAAUAUAAUUGAAGAGCUCAACACAUACCAGGAUCAGCAAGGGACAUUUGGUCAUAAAAUUGCCGUAAGGCAAAGGAGAAACAAGAAUUUUAAUCCAGCAAAGUGGUGGCUAAACCAUGGCACAAGCACACCAAAUCUAAGGAAGUUGGCAUCAAGAAUUCUGAAUUUGACCUGCAGUUCAUCAGCUUGUGAGAGGAAUUGGUCUGUUUUUAAACAGGUUCAUACAAAGAAGCGCAAUAGAUUACAUCAUGAUAGGAUGAGAGAUCUUUUUUUUGAAGUUCAACUCCAAACUAAGGAACAAGAGGGAGAGCAAAGGCAAAGAUCCUUUGGAGAGAGAAUUAGAUGAUGCUGUGGGUGAUAAUGAAAAUGAAUUCAUUACUGGUAUUGUGCAAGAUGGACCAUCGCAAGUAGAUUCAACACAUCUUGUGCCAUCGCAAGUAGAAUCAACACAACAAGCACAAGUAUAGGAAAAAAGGAAGAGGAAUGUGCUCCCUAAGAAGAAGAGGAAACUUAGGAGCCUCCAAUCUUUGCUGCGUGAUGCUCCGGCUGAGCAGUCCUCAUCUGACUCCGAAGAUGGUGGAGAUAUUCUAAUGGAAUCCUCUGAAUCCGGAAAGUCUCCUUGUACCACUGAUAGUGAUGACUGAUGAGUAGAUGUUGAAAAUUGUAUCAGCUGUAUUGUACUAUUUUUUAAUCGGUGAAGUACUAAAGUUGUGAUCUUGAAGCUUAA